GGGGGGGUAGGAGGGGGAGGGGGUGAGUGGCCGCGGGCGGGGUCGGCUGGGGAUGGUCCGGGGCGCUGCGGCGCGGGUGGAGCCGCUUUGAGUUCGCUGCCCGGCGGCGGUCGGGCUCCCGGAGACCGGGAUGGUGGCGGGCGGCAGGCGGAGGGCUGCGGUCCGCGGAGCUCCGGAGCUGAAGUGUUGGGAUGAUGAGCCAGAUGAUAAUGCUGUAAACGAGGAAGAACAAAGAUGCCAGUACUUGGCCAAGCUCCUUGAGAACUGUCUGUCCAGAGCUAAAAAGACUAAGUUACAUUGCUCCGAAGUUCUGGUUCCUGAAAGACUGAUCAGCAAGAUAGCCAGGGACAUUGUCUGCCUUGCCUCCAGCGAGCCGUGCGGUCUGCGUGGAUCCAUCGUCUAUGUGAUGGUGGAGAUUGAGAGCGUGUGUAGAAAGUUGGAUCGCAUCGUUUAUGACUCCACUGUUGUCCCAACUUUUGAAUUGACUUUGAUUCUCAAGGAGGAUGGCAGCAUAUGGCCUGGUCUCCGAGAUUUCUUUUUCAUUGGUACCUGUUUUACCCCUGGGUUCAGGCAAGCACUGAAACUUAGUCCUGGGUUUUGCUUGAUAAAGAAGAAACUCUAUUCGUCAUCUUCAGCUGGGACUGUGAUUGAAUGUUAAACCUGGUCUAACACUGAGUGGCAGCUGUAACCCACCAUCGUCAGCCCCUCACUCUAGUAAUGCAAUGUCAGUGUUGCCUGCUCAGCUAGAAGAGCCAGCCUUGCCCACUUUCUGUUGUGUGCCUUGGUUGUCAGUUGCUGGCCAGCCACUGGCUUUGAAGUUAAAGAACCAACCAGUUAGAGAUAAUGGUUGAUCUCUCCCUGGAUGGACAGAUUAUAACCAGAUUCAGUGAAAACUCUAAUCUGAGGUGGUAAUCAUGUGGGGAGGAGAAGGCCGGUGUGUCUUGGUGACAGACAGAUACUCUUCGGGAUAUCGGGAGAAUUUGCUGCUGAUGUUAUGUGGGAUUGUUACACCUGAACCCCAGGGUCCUGGUUCAGUAACCCCACCCACCUCUCUUCCCCCCCCGGUAUAGCUUCAACAAUUCAAGCUUGUGUUAAUGUUGCCCUAAAGGAAGCGGCUUGGGUUGAGCUACCAGAGAUGUGAGCCCAUUGCUCCCGGCACUGACCAGGCAGGCAGCGUUGGGGACCAGACUAUCUGCACUGAAAAGUCAAAAAUAAAACGCCCAUGCUAGAAAUCUGAAACAGAGAACAUUGGAAACUCUCACAGAUGAUGUCUGACCCGCUAAAUGUUUCUAGCAUUUUCUCUUUUGAAAAGCUCGUGUCUGGCUCUGCAAUCUCGGUUUAAACUUACUUCCUUCUGUAUGGAUUAAUUCCUGGAUCUCUGACUUGUCUUUCCUGGGAGUUUUCAGUAAAGCAGCCGGUUCAUUUUCACAUGUAAAGCCAGGUGCUGUGGUCACUCUGUGCUGGGUGUGGAUGUAAUACAUUGAAAACGGAAGGCGUUGCUGUCCGAGUCGUGGCCUGCUGCCUACAAACCGCAUGUGAUUAAUGCUCCGAGUUUUGGGCUGAUCGAUGCAUGGGGCGGGGUGUCGGCUGGGGCAGUGUGGGGGGUGGGGUGGGGUUUCAGUUGUCUGAUUGUCACUUACCUUUGUAGUGGUGGACACGCUGCUGAUCUGGUGUUGGAGUUUUGAUGACUGGCACCUUCUAACUUCUGAUACUGGACUCAAGGACCGAUGGCUCUGAGCACAUACUUUGCUCUGCAUGCUGUGCUCAGCAAAGCAAAAUGUUCCUUUCAAAGGAAGCCUUGGACAAUAAAUCAGAUUUUUAUAGCCUGAUGCCUUUCAAUUCAAAGAGUUAAAAUAAAUUAACUCCAAGAUAGACUGCAGCACCAUCACACGACGGACACAGGUGCCAGAAAUGCCCUGAGAUAGAAUAGGAAUACAAGGAAACCUUUCCAAACUUCUCCAAGCCAGGUAACUGUGGAGGGUUCCUGAAAAAUCAGGGUGCAGGCAUGCUGGGUUGAC